GAAACUUGAGUGAGUGAGAAUGGAGAGAAUACACGUGGCCGUACGUGCGAGGCCGCUCUCAGUAGAGGAGGCGAAGACCAGCCCCUGGCGAAUCUCGGGAAACUCCAUUCUUAUCCCCAACAACUCCUUCAAGUUCGAAUUCGAUCGGAUUUUCGGUGAAGAUUGCAAGACUAUCGAGGUCUAUCAGGCUCAAACCAAAGAAAUCGUCGCCGCAGCAGUUCGCGGCUUCAACGGCACUGUGUUUGCUUAUGGGCAAACAAACAGUGGGAAAACGCAUACAAUGCGAGGCUCGGCCACGGAGCCGGGAGUCAUUCCUCUUUCUGUGCACGAAUUGUUCGAAACCAUUCAACAGGAUGUGGAUCGAGAGUUUCUUUUACGGAUGUCGUAUAUGGAGAUCUACAACGAGGAAAUAAAUGAUUUGUUGGCUCCUGAGCACCGAAAACUGCAGAUUCAUGAAAGUCUUGAGCGGGGGAUACACGUUGCUGGUUUACGAGAAGAAAUUGUUGCAUCUCCCGAGCAAGUCCUUGAUUUCAUGGAGUUUGGAGAAUCUCAUCGGCAUAUUGGAGAGACAAAUAUGAAUCUUUACAGUAGUCGGUCACACACUAUCUUUCGCAUGAUAAUAGAGAGUCGGGACAAAAGUGAAGAUGAAGAUAUUGGCAGUUCUUGUGAUGCUGUCCGUGUAUCAGUUUUGAAUUUAGUGGACCUUGCUGGUUCAGAACGUGCUGCAAAAACUGGAGCAGAAGGUGUUCGGCUUAAAGAGGGUUCCCACAUUAAUAAAAGCCUGAUGACACUGGGAACUGUGAUUAAAAAACUGAGCGAAGGUGCUGAGAGUCAAGGGGGUCAUGUUCCAUAUCGAGAUAGCAAACUUACACGCAUUUUGCAACCUGCCUUGGGUGGAAAUUCUAAUACAGCUAUAAUAUGCAAUAUCACGCUUGCACAGGUUCAUGCAGAUGAGACUAAAAGCAGUCUCCAGUUUGCAAGCAGAGCUUUACGUGUUACAAACUGUGCUCGUGUGAAUGAGAUUUUAACAGAUGCUGCUUUGCUAAAGCGUCAAAGGAAAGAAAUUGAGGAGCUUCGAGCCAAACUGCAGGGUUCUCAUUCAGAGCAUUUAGGAGAGGAGAUCCUCAAUCUGCGGAACACACUUUUACAGACUGAAUUGGAGAGGGAGCGCAUAGCUUUGGAAUUGGUGGAGGAAAAGAAAGCGCAAGCUGAAUGGGAGAAGAGGGUGCAAGAGCAAGCCAAGAAAAUUGAAAACUUAAGCUCAAUGGUUUUGCAUUCAACAAGGGAUGAGAAUCGUGACCGUAAUAAAAAGGAGAAAAGGCGGGAUACAUGGUGCCCAGGAAAUCUUUCGCGAGAGGUUCUUAGGGAGGCAUCUUUCACUGUCCAAUCAACAGCUUCUGGUGUAAAACCUAAGAGACCUAAGCGUGAUAUGGGACCCCUUCUUCCUUUUGAAGAACUGGUGAAUGAAAUGGAAGUUGCUUUGGAUGACUCCUGCAAACAAGAUGAAGAUGGUAUAAGUAAUGCACUGGAAGACUGCUCUCUUCCUGAGCCAUGUGCUUUACUACAUGUAACAAAUAGGCGAAAAAUGCCACUCAGGAACAAAAGCUUACCCAUGGCGGACAAUGAGUUAGAGGAAAUGCAAGUGGAAUAUGAAGAUUUGUUUUUAAAAUUCGAGACUCAGAGAACCAUGGAUGAGAUACAAAUUGAUUUCUUAACCAGAAAGCUUAUUGAGGCUGAUUUUUGUUGGGUUGAAAAAUCUAAUGACUAUUCCAUGUAUCAUAUCAAUAAAGAUUCCGUUAAUGGGGACAAAAAUGUUAGUAUAAGGGAGUCAGAGGCUAUUCUUGUGAUCAAGCGGCUUCAAGAGCAGAUUAAGAUGUUGGAAACGGAGAGGUCUUCGAGCCAGCAAAAUUUGGAUAGUAUCGUUGAGAUGGCGACAAAACAGAACAUAUGCGCUAGGGAGAAGUGUGAACAGCUCUAUGACGAGCUUCUACAUGCACGUGAAGAGGCUAGGAUGGCUCGUGAGCAACUUGAUUCCGGUGAAUCUGAGAAAAUUGAUGAUGGGAAUUCCGAUUUUGCUAUUAAGCUUUCAGUGGAGGUCCAAGAAUUAAUGUCAGAAGUCCAAAACUCGAAAGAAGUUGUUCAGAGUGCCUCAUCACUUCUAGAUGAGGUUUCUAAGAGUUUUUCUGACGUUAUUGAUGUGUUCCUUGAUUUCAAGACUUUGAUCUACCAAAAUUCUCUGCAAGAAAAUUUAAUUAUCAGUAACCAUGAGAAGUUAACUUGUCACCUGAGCCAAAAAGUUUCUAACUUUGAGAAUGAGAAGGUGCUUGCGUGCAAUCAAUCGGUUGAUAUCCAGAAACAGAUAGAAAAACUACUACUAGAUGCUCAACAUUCUGAAGAGUCCUUAAAAGAACUUUUGGAACAACGGGAUUUUGAAAAGGCAGAAUUUCUUUCUCAAAUUCAAACUCUUGAAAAAGAAAUAUCAAGUUUAUCAUCUUGUUCCUUGGCCAAGGAGAAGGAAAAUUUGAGAAAAGAUCUCGAGAAAACAAAAGCAAAGCUGAAAGAAACUGAAUUCAAGCUUAGGAAUGCAAUCCAGGAGAAAACCAAACUUGAGGGUGAGAAGGCGUCUUCUGAACGAGAGAUAAAACGGUUGCUUGGUCAGAACUCUCUUCUUGAGCGUGAUAUUAACAAGCGUGAAUCACUUGUGGGUCGAAGGCGUGAUUCAGUUUUUGACAGGAACUCAAAAGUGGUUGAUCCAAAAAAGGCAAAGGGUCUGGCUGUUCCUUUUGAACACACAUUGCAGGAAGAAAACAAAAAACUGGAAGUUCUUGCAUUUGAAUAUGAGACAGAUAUGGCUUCUUUGGAAGAGGAAUUAGCUGCUGCAUACAGGGAAAAAGAAGAGGUUUUAUCUAGAAACGAGGGUAUGGCUUCAGAAAUAGAAGCCCUGUCCGAACAGUUGAACGUAUCAAACACGGAGCUAAAUGUGUUGCAAGAAGAGAUUUCAGCUCUUAGACAUUGUUUGGAAGAAUCUAAAUCCAACCAGCAAGAGAUGGAAAACUCUGUGAAAAAGUUGGUAGAAGAAAAGGAAGAGCUGGCAAUGCAACUGUCUGAUUCCCUUUUGGAAAUUGAGGAGGAAAGGGCAAUCUGGUCCGCAAAGGAGAAGGCUUCCAUUGAAGCCAUACAAGAGAAUACUAAGCUAUACGAUGUGGAGAUCAUGAUGUUAUCAAAAGGAAUGACAGAGGUGAGGAAUGAGUUGGAGUCCUGUAGAGAAGAAUGCAGGGUUCUCAAGGAAAGAUCUACUUAUUAUGAGGAGAAUGCAGAAUUGGAGAAGAAAUGCAGCAUGGAGAAGUCUUUGGAGAUUGAUCAGCUGAAAAAUGACAUAAAAGUAGCUAAUGUCGAGAGCAAACAAUCUCAAGAAAUGUUGAAGUCGAAUUUGGAGAUGCUCUCUGUAGAACAUAAUCAUGCUUGUGGGGAUGUGCAAAUGCUUAAGGAGCGUAAUUUUUUCAAUAAAGAAGGAGAAGAAUUAUUUAUUCGAACUAGAGAGUUGGAUACAAGAUCAGAACUUUCAAAUGACUUCCAGAAUCUUAAUGACCAACUUCUUUCUAUGACAAAGGAAAGGGAUAAAUUGAUGAUUCAGAUAGGAGAGCAGCAGAACCAUGUUGUUGAAGUGGAAUUCCUCAAAAAGCAUUGCAAUGAGAUGUUAACCGAGGCAAAAGUCCAAAUGGAGGAACUGAAUAGGAAAAUUUCCAGCAUGGAAGUCAAGAGGCACAAUGAUGAAGUUGACAACAAGAAGGAAAUGGCCAAACAGAGGAUGAGACUCCGAGGGACACAAGCAAAGUUAGAUGCCUUCCGUAAUAGAUACAGGGAAGCGGUGGAGGAGUCGGAUCUCAUGAACAAGAGAUAUGAGGAGGCAGCAGGAAAGCUCAAGGACCGCUUGGCUUCCAAAGGAAUUGAGGUCCUCAACCUCAAGAAGCAGCUUGCUGCUGCUACGGCCCAAUAAAUGGAAUUUCUCCAUGUAAUUAAAUUCUCCAAAUAGUUUCUCAAUGUAAAUGACAAUGCCAACUUGUACAAAACUCAAACAAACACCAAUAGCGUACUGCUCUUACUUGAAUGCAUCAGGAUCCUCUCCGGUUGAUUUUCAACUGGAGAGGAGCCGGUCCUUUAUAUACAAACAUUUUUGUAAUUUUAUGUAGUGUAAAAUUACAAAAAUGUUUGUGUAUAAAGUAUCGGCUCCUUUCCAGUUCUUCUCAACUAGAGAGGAUUUUGGUCCCACUUGAAUCCACAAGUGAAGGUAAGUAUUAUAAUAUAAAUUAAAUGAUUGAUCCA